UAGAGUCCCUUCUCUUCGUCCUCCACUCCUCUUUCUUUUGGCUAACAGGGCGGUUCCCUUCUCAGUUUAUUUUCUCAGCUUCAAACUUAGCCUCCCUUUCCUCGUCUUUCUAAAAUGAAGAUCAGGAUAGCUGCCUUUAUUGCCGGGAUCUUUGGAGUCCUGGGUGUCCUCCUCUUCCUUGUAGCCUUCGGGACAGACUACUGGCUCCUGGCAACAGAGACAUGCAGACAACUCGAGAACAGCACUUAUCACCAUGAGGAGGAAGGGAGGGCAAGUGGGAAAGAAGAUGGCAAAGAGACUCUCACGUUUCAUCAUGAAGGUUUCUUCUGGAGGUGCUGGUUUUCUGGUGAAGAUUACAAGGAGACCAUCUGGAACUUCUGGUUUACUAGCCAAGCACAUCCAAAAUACUGCAUACAUGGUUACCUCUUUCCUAUGCCCAUUGCACUCGGACCUCACCCACAUCCCUCCUACGAUGCAACUGCAGUGUACAGGGGCUUCUGGACGGCAUUCAUUGUGCUGGCUGUCACCGCCAGUCUCGCUGGAGGAUUUCUAUUGGUGUGUGGCGUGCCCUUUGUCAACGCACGGUUCUAUAAAGUGGGAGGCGGAUUCCUCAUCGUGGCUGGAGUUUUAUUUGCCCUGCUCAUAUUUCUAUUUGUGAUGUGGAAGGAAUUUGCUGCUGAUCUCCCCAAAUACAUACUUCUCGAAAGAAGUGAAAUAUGCCCCGAAGACAUUCCUGUAAAUGUCUAUUAUGGCUGGUCAUUUAUGUUUGCUGCAGCUGGUUUCCCUUUAGUCUUCCUUUCUGGACUUCUCUUCUACCUUGUUGGUUCUAGCCUUCUGAAGGAACUGGAGUGAACUCUGAAAUGCUUAGGAAGAGACACGGAGCCACCAGGAAACGAGGACAAAAAUCUCGACACAUUAUUUGUAGAAACAUUGGUACAAUUAAGUGCUUGAUAAAAUACUAUAAGAUAAUGAUGGAGAAUAACCAUAGUGGGAAAUAUGAUACCAUCAGACCAGUUUCAUUACUUUCCCCCAAACUCUCAUGGUUCCCAGACAAGGAACACUGGGAACUGUAGUUUGUGAAUGAGUUGAGAGCAGUGCGCCUUGUAACAGGGAAUCCCCGAUGAUGUUAACUACAACUCCCAGCAUCCCCAGCUCCAGUGGCCUUUGGCUGGGGAUUAUGGGAGUUGUAGUCAAAUGCACAGGGACACUGGCUGGGAGUUUUUAUUAACAGGGAAUUCUCAGCACUCCUGUAAAACUCUAGUUCUCAGGAGCCUUUUAAGAAUGGCUGAGGGGUUUAAACAGGAUUGAAAUGUAACAUUGCCAAACCCCCACAAAAACACCUAGAAUCUGAAACUUUGAGCUGAUGUUCAGAAUUGUGUUUAGAGCUUCUGAGUUCUUUCAUAUAAUAAGACAAUUGGUUGGGAGGCAUGAAGUUUAUAUAGGCUGAAAGCAAUAUAAAUUUGUAGCACAGAAAUACUGCAGAAGACAUUCUGUGUGACCACUGAAGAUCCUGUUCAGCUGCUGAAAUUCCAAAGCUAUGCCAGAGAUUCUGGCAGAUUUCCCCAUCUACUGCUCUAGAUAUUUUACCAGGCCCUGUCCAGAUCAACCCUCUUGUCCAGAGGUGCUAGAAACUUGCUUUUAAACAAAUAAAUGUAGAAUUUGAGGAGAUUUAUCAGUCUGCAUCACCUAUGAGAUUCUGUACUUGCUCAACAAAACCUCGAACACACAGAGCUCAAUCAACUGAAAACCCAGACCCCGCCCUAGAGCAACAUCUUCACUCACCUCAGCAGAGACAGUCAGUUCAUUUAUGUUUUCCUCUGUGUAUGUUUCCUUUCCCUGCUAAUUAAUAGGGAAUCUCACAAGCACAAGAUCUGUAUAUGAGCAGCAGAAGACAUAUUGAACUCUUGAUUGGAGAGAAGGGACAUGUGAGCUGGAUGGUCCUUGCACAAAGAUUCAAACUGCAGAAUUAUAGAAAUUAUUAUUAUUAUUAUUAUUAUUAUUAUUACUACUACUAGUGUUUUUAAGCCCGUUAUAAUAACGGGCUCUAGUGGGGGGUGUGCUAGUUUGCUCCUCCUCCCUUCUCCUCCCAGUUGCUACUUCCUUCCUCCCAUUUGCUAGGACGGAAUCCCGUCGCCUGAGACCCUCAACAGCAGCCGCAGGAGCAGCAGCCAGAUAGGCGGCUGCAAGUUGGUUUUGGGCUGGAGGGGCUUCUCUUCGGCCAGGCCGUGUGCCCAGCAGCAGCCACUUCUCCUCGGCCGUCCCGCCCGCCUGGCGGCGGGGCUUCUCCUCGGCCGGCUGGCCCGCCCGGCGGCGGCUGCUUCUCCUCGGCCUUGCCAACAUGGCCGCCCGUGUCUGGGCGGCCGUAUCUUUUUUGGCCGAUCUGGGCAUGCGCUCUGCACAUGCCCAGAACGGCCCAAAAAGACACGGGCAGCACGGCCACACACCGAAGGCUUUUAUGGUAUAGGAUUAUUAUUAAUUACUACUACUACUACAUUUAUAUCCCUCUCUUCCUCCAAGCAGCCCAGAGUGCUGUACUACAUACUUGAGUUUCUCUUUCACAACAACCCUGUGAAGUAGGUUAGGCUGAGAGAGAAGUGACUGGCCCAGAGUGACCCAGCUAGUUUCAUGGCUGAAUGGGGAUUUGAACUUGGGUCUCCCCGGUCCUAGUCCAGCACUCUAACCACUACACCAUGCUAGUUCAGGCUCCUGUUCAGUGAAGGAAGAUGCUACAACAGCAUCCCUGCCAGCAGAUGGCCUUCUAGCCUCUCCUUGAAAACCUCCGGGAACAGGGCAGUGGUGGCUAGUGAUCUCUGGAAGGGGGUGGGGGCGGGUAUUGGUCCAUGAAAAGUCACAUCAUUCUUUAUGUUUUCAUUUAUAUCUUGCUCUUCCUCCAAGGAGCCCAGAGCAGUGUAUAGACGUAUGUUUCUCCCCAAACAACCCCGUGAGGUAGGUUAGGCUUAUAAAGAAAUGACUGGCCCAGAGUCACCCAGCUAGUUUCAUGGCUGAAUGGGGAUUGGAACUCAGGUCUCCAGUCCUAGUCCAGCACUCUAACCACUACACCAUGCUGACUCUUCCAUUAGAAUGUCAGAAGAGGAACAGGUCAUGAAUGAAACAGGAACAAUUACAGAAGCCUUUAGAACUACAGGGCUUCAGGCCAAGCCAAGCAACAUUUCAUUAACAAAAUAUAGGGCUCACUGGCUCUUAGUCACACUUCUCCCCUCUAGGUGUCUGUCUUAUACGCCAUGACUGGGUGCAGGAUAUCACACACCACAAUGCGUGCAAAACCAGAACACAUACACAAUCCUGCCAUCUGGAGAAGCCAGAUGAAAGGGUUGUGGUAUGCAAGGACAUGCGAAAUCAGAAAUAUGAAUGGUUAGGGGGGGGAUGAACCCUCUCUCCUAGCUACACCCUCUCCCCUAGUUACGCCCCUGCCACCCUGCUCUAAUGGACUGGGCUUCCUUGCAACAGAGAGCCGAACAUUGCAUGAGGCAGGCUGUUCCACUGUCAAGCAGCUCUUACAGUCCAGAAAUGUCUGAAUCUACUUCCUUGUAAUUUAAACCAAAUGGAUUAAUUUUGCCCUCAGAAGCAACAGAGAACAAGUCAGCUCCCAUUCUAUGUCUCAACCCUUCAGUUAUUUUAAGAAAGUUAUCAUAUCUCCCUUAGAUAAUGUCAUCUGGCUCUCUAUACAGGUUCCUGGGGAAAGAAGCCACAUCACAAGUUACGUUAUGAGCAAAAUGGAAAGUGGUGGGUGCAGCUUCCCUUUCCUCUGCUAUGGAAACAGGAUCUUUGGGGAAAGUAGGCUUCUGAACAGGGUCUCAGUCAUACGAUAAAACAACAGAAGGAGAAGUUACAAUAUUAUACUGCAAGAUUUAUGAUCUUUAGCUCUAAAUUUCAAUUGAGCUAGGGCAGAAGGUUGCCAGCUACAGAUUGCAUCUAAAGGCAGAACUGUGUGAAAACCUGUUUAUGUCUUCAUAAUAUUUAUAUUAAACAUAGAAAUAAAUUUUCAGCAUUAAAUCCCAA